CCAGCGCUGUUAUAUCUGUGGUUUUCCUCAAGGAGACGGUUCGAGCUUCUGAUGUAGUUGGUGGCAGCCUGGCCAUAACUGGAACGUACCUCCUGGUGACCUUUGCCCCCCACGCAUCCACACACAUCACAGCUCAUCUGGUCCAGUACUACGCCAUCAGCUGGCACUUCCUUCUUUACCUCUUCAUCGAGGUCAUCCUGUUCUGCAUUCUGCUCUAUCUGUACAAGAGGAGGGGUGUGAAGCACAUUGUCAUCGUGAUGCUGCUGGUGGCCCUGCUCGCCUCCCUUACGGUCAUCUCGGUCAAAGCCGUGUCAGGGAUGAUCACAGAGUCGAUAACGAGCCAGCUGCAGCUCAUCUACCCUAUAUUCUACGUCAUGCUCGUCGUCAUGGUGGCCUCCUGCGCUUUCCAGAUCAAAUUUCUCAAUCAGGCAAUGAAAAUGUUUGAUGCCACAGAGGUGGUUCCCAUCAACUUUGUGUUUUUCACUGCAAGCGCCAUUGUUGCAGGGAUAAUAUUUUACCAGGAAUUUGAAGGCUUGGCUUUGUUGAAUAUUUUUAUGUUCUUAUUUGGCUGUCUUCUGUCCUUCAUCGGAGUUUUCCUGAUAGCCAGAAACAGACCAAAGAUAAAGCAACAAGAUCGCACUUUUAUUCCAAUGGAUAAGAUUCCUGGGAGAAGGAACACAGACAAAGUGCAGCCCGAGGCAAAGACCCAAACAUACGGAUCACUGGCAGCCAAACUCAUGUGCAACAGAGCCGGCCAAACAGACGACUGAUGGGAAGCCUCUCCAUCUGUCAGGACUGCUGCUUUACCCAGUUUGGGAGUGAGCUCAGAUUUUACAGGGCUCAACAAAAACAGCACAAAUCUAGAAAAGAAAUGUUGCUCUGUAUAAUCGUCACCACUAUCUGGAAUAUCCUGAUGAGGAAAGAUGAUUCGGAAAUUAAAUUAAACUCAUGAUUGCACUAAAAUGUCAGACUGAUCUUAUUGGCUGCAAGAAGAUUAAAAAAGAAUAUAAACAGAUUUUUGCAGACCUGACGUCUCAGUAGUCUAUGAAUCAAAAUAAGUGCACUACUGCCCUCUAAUGGUAGGAAAAGAACGCCUGAUUGCACUUAUCCUUUAAUUAUCAAAUGUAAAUUCACUUAAUUUAAAAAGAGAAAAAGUAAAUUCUA